AUGUCAACAACAACAGGCGCAUUUAUUGCCGGCGGCAUUGCUGCUUGCGGAGCCGUCACCGCAACACACCCCUUCGAAACAGUCAAGAUUAGGUUACAGCUUCAAGGAGAAUUACAGGCCAAAGACGUUGCAGUAAGGAAAUACAAAGGUGUCUUCCACGGCGUCGGGGUCAUCCUUAAAAACGAAGGCCUGAAGGGAAUAUACAGAGGACUCGGAACUGCAUACAUCUACCAGAUACUAUUGAACGGCUGUCGAUUGGGAUUUUACGAGCCGCUACGAGCGGCGUGCACCAAGCUCAUCUUCAAGGACACCAAUGUCCAGUCUCUUGGUGUCAACAUUUUUUCCGGCGCAGCUUCUGGUAUCCUGGGGGCUAUGGCAGGGUCGCCUUUCUUUCUGGUCAAGACCCGACUACAGUCCUACUCUCCCUUUUUGCCUGUGGGGACGCAGCAUAAAUACCGCAACGCUUUCGAUGGGCUGUCCCAGAUUUAUAAAGCAGAAGGUGUAAGAGGUCUAUACCGAGGCAUGGGUGCGUCGAUGGUCAGAACCGGAGCAGGAAGUUCAGUCCAGUUGCCGACAUAUUUCUUUGCCAAGAGACGGUUAAUUCGCCAUUUCGGAAUGGAAGAUGGCCUUGCACUGCAUUUGAUGAGCUCAACUGCCAGCGGCUUUGUAGUCUGCGUCUUUAUGCAUCCACCGGAUACCGUCAUGGCGCGAUUGUACAACCAACACGGCAAUUUGUACAAUGGUAUUUUCGACUGCCUCUGGAAGACUAUCUCGACAGAGGGUGUUCUCAGUGUCUACAAAGGCUUCACAGCACAUCUUGCUCGAAUACUGCCCCACACCAUCCUCACGUUGACGCUGGCAGAGCAGACAAACAAGCUCGUACGCGGAGUUGAGAGCAGGAUUCUACCAAAGUCUCUCACGGAGAAGCUUUGA